UGUGGUUAUGUCGUUAUGUCAGCCCCCAGAUCUCCCAGAAAAUUUCCUGGUCGAAACCGGCAAUACAUAUAAUAAUAAUUACCGACUUACAUGGAAGUAAAAUUAAAUAUAUGGAUAGAAGAUGCAGAAAUAAGUGAAUCUAGACUGUAUAAGUUCAAGAAUGAAAUAUUUUACUAUCGUUUAGUCUAUUAACUAAAUUGUAAUCAGUCACAAUAUAUAUAUUAUACAUUUCCUACUGUUGGCGAAUACCAGAAUACCAAUAAUAGCAAGAAGUAACUGUUUAUUAGAAUUUAAAUAAAUGAAUCAGUUAGAAUGUAUCGUGCAGAAACAUGUAGAAAUGUUUUGCAAGAUAAUGCCCCGUCAUGUUGAAAAAUGGAAAAUACUAUUACAGCAUGCUACAAAACCAGCAGAAGCACUUUCAAAUUAUGCUGAACAGUUACGUCACGUGCAGAAGGCUGCUGUGACACACAUAGAAGAAUUCGCUGAAAUCCAAAAAAAUAUUGAAUAUAAAAUAGUCAAAGGAAUUGACUAUGAAAUUCGAAUAUUGAAGGAGAUUGUGGACCAAUUGAAUUCAUUAAACCAUGAGAUGAGAAAUAAACUAUCACUUUUAGAAAGAUCAACGAUAGAUUUAAACUGGGAUAAUGAUUCUCAACUUCUUGUUGGAACUGCGCUUCAACCUCCAUUAUGGAAAAUUUUGCAUGAGGGGUUAUGUUUUUGGUCAUAUUUCGCAGAUGCAAUGAAGUGCAUUAAUAAUCAAAUGAAGUAUAUUAAUGUCAAGGAUGUCAAGUCAAUGGAAGCUUUUGAAAAUUGCUUUAAUCUUAAUUUAGAUAAUAGCGUUAUUACCAAUUUGUUAUCCAAAACGCAAUAUGUGAAUAAUGAGAAACUUUUGGUAUAAUUAUUGUUAAAUUUUUACUUCAGGAAUUUUAAUAAAAUUUGAAUAAAUUGUGUUAGUAAAUA